AUGUUGUACACCGGAUUCUUCCACUUUUUGAAGACACAGAAAGUGCAAGGCAUUCUCGCACUGAUAUGUCUAAUUACUUGUCCAUUUGUGGUGCCAUUAUCGUCGGUAUUGUCACUUAGCAAAUACAAACAUCAUCAUCAAAAGAAGGAUUUUCAAUGUGGUGCAAACGCGCCACCAGGACAGGAACUAUGUCCCCAAGGCAUGUGUUGCUCUCGAUAUGGAUACUGCGGCACAACAAAGGAUUAUUGCGGCCUUGGAUGCCAGAGUAACUGCAAGGCAUCGCAGUCAAAUGUGAAAUUGCCCUCAACCUGCCCAGAUGCAAUGACUCGUUCUAUUGCAUACUAUGAAAGCUGGGCCAGCCAUCGCGCCUGCAACAAAUAUAUGCCCUCCGAUAUCGAUCCGGCACCCUUUACACACAUCAAUUUUGCUUUUGCAUUAAUCGAUACGGAGGGCAAGAUCAUGCUAUCUCUCUCCAAUGACACUGUCCUGUUCGAUCAGCUGCAGACUGUACGCGACCAAAGUACAAAUAGUGAUCUGGAGCUUUGGAUUGCAGUGGGCGGAUAUGCAGUCGGGUCCGCGCCGUUUGCGAGACUUGCUGCCACCCAGCAAGGCCGCAGUGCAUUUAUUGACUCAGCGUGCGCCUUCAUGAAUAAGUAUGAUUUCAAGGGCAUGGAUCUCGACUGGGAAUAUCCUGCCGCCACAGAUACAGGCGGAACAACGGCGGAUACUGCCAAUAUGGUCUCGCUGGUGAAAGAGUAUCGAGAUAAGUGUAAGGACAAAGGAUUGAGUGUCACAGUACCGGGAGGAAAAUUCUACAUCGAAGGCUUUGACCUCAAAGGUCUUGAGCCGUAUGUCGACUGGUUGAAUGUCAUGACAUAUGACCUCCACGGAAGUUGGGAAAAGCCCACCAUCGCAAAGCCGCAUACAAAUCUGUCAGAUAUCCAAGAGUCUCUGGAUAUUGUGUGGAACGCAGGUGUCAGCCCGGACAAGGUUAUCUUGGGGCUUGCGGACUAUGGCAAGACUUAUACGCUGGCUAGCAGUUCCUGUACAAAGCCUGGCUGCGCUGCUACAGGGCCCGGGCUCGCAGGAGCGUGCUCCAAUGAGGCUGGCACUUUGCAUGACGCUGAGAUCGACAGUAUCCUCCAGAAGAACACCAAUAUCAAGCCUGUGAUGGACGAGAAGGCUGCUGUCAAGUACUUCUCUUGGGACCAGACUCAGUGGGUCUCGUACGACGACAAGGAUACACGCAAGCUCAAAAAGCAGUAUGCCGCCGAAAAGUGCCUCGCAGGGACCCUCGAAUGGGCGGUAGAUAUGAAAGACACUUCCAAAAAGGACUCCAAGUCAGAGAUCUAG